AUGGCAAGUGAAGCAAUUUUAAAGUAUUUAGUUGACACAAAUCGUCCGUAUUCAUGUGCUGAUGUAACAGUGAACUUGCGUGGUGCGUACACAAAGACAGUCGUACAAAAAACACUGGACGCUUUGGUAGAAAGCGGCAAAAUCCGAUGUAAAUUGUAUGGCAAACAAAAAGUUUACGUUGCUCUACAAGAAGACAAUAAAGAGAAUGACACUGAUGUUGAAGACUAUGACAGUCAGUUAAAAUGUUUGAGCCAAUUGUUAGAAGAAAACAUCAGUAAACUAAAAAGCGUCGAAUCGAAACUGAAAAUUCUUACUUCUGCGCCGACGACCUUGGCUGCUCUUUCUCAAAUAGACCAGGCUAAGCAAAGAAUCAACAGUAUGGAGAUAAAAUUGAACACUUUGAGGAACUCUACUGCGGUGAUAAGUGCUGAUGAGAAGAAACUUAUUUUAGAUCAACAUCAGAAAUUGUUUAAGGAAUAUAGGUAUGGUAACCGGUAAAUUUAUGUCCUCAAUUUUAUGGCACAAUACAUGGAUAAAAGGGAAAUUAUAUUUAGUCCACAUCGAGUGACGCCACGUUAUAGGUAAUAAACGGUUUCAUGUAUUCCUAUGACACGCGGGACGUCACUAAUGUAAUAAAGUUAAUAAAGUGCAUAUUCCAUAUAAUUCUCGUUUUAUUACUUUAACAUGUUUGGAUAGUACAUAUUACCAAUUUAGUGAUUUAUCCUCAAUUAACCAUCAAAUGACACAUCAAAGUAGUAACAUGAAACGAAAUAUCGUCAUAGCAUCGCUAAAAUAUCGUAUCCUGCGGCUAGAGAGUUGGGCGGACGCUCUGCUGGUCCCAUGCUAAUAAUAUACACCUACGUGGCAUGGGCUAAAUUGAUAUAA